AUGAACUUCAUCUCAACGGUCGUGGAAGAUUUGGGUCGUGAGACAGGAACCAAACCACAAGGAAGCAAUCAACAAGGAGGAACAAUGGAGUCCUUCUCGACAAUUUUGGAGGCCUUGGCCCACUACUCAGCUGUGACUCCUGACAAGGGUGUUUAUACUUGGGUGGACAUCAAGUGCCAGGAGCAAAGAAAGCUGACCUUCCGGCAGCUAGAAGAUGAGGCCAAUGCUGUGGCUGCUCGACUCCUCAAGCUGGGGUGCCAAAAAGGAGAUCGUGUCAUGGUUGCUUAUCCAUUUGGUCUAGAGUUCUUGGCCGGCAUGUUUGGGGCCAUGAAGAUCUCAGUGAUUCCCUGCUCCAUCUACCCACCCAAUCCUAAUCAGCUCAAAACAGACAUACCCAAAUUCCGCGGAUUUGUGGAGGAUGCCGGAGCCAAGUUCGCUCUGACUACUAACACCUUUGCCACAGCCAUGACUGCUGCUGGGGUCUUUUACAAAACUGGCGUCACCUGGAUUGGCACAGACAAGUUGCCAAAUAAGAAACAGAUAUUUGGUAAGCCAAAAGGCCAUGAAACAUUUGUGGGCCAACCAGAUGAUGUCUGCUUUAUCCAAUACACAUCUGGAAGCACUGGCCGGCCCAAAGGAGUCAUGAUCAGUCACCGGAACCUAGCAGAAAACUGCAUGGCUUUAGUCAAAAUGACAAAUGCAAAUUGCUCCUCUGUGGCAGCACUGUGGGUCCCUCAAUACCAUGACAUGGGACUUGUGGCAGGAUUCAUGUCUUGUCUUUAUGGCGGCUUUCACCUUGUCCUGGCAUCUCCUCUAGACUUCAUUGCAAGACCUCUGCUGUGGACAGACAUGAUUGAAAACUACCAGGCAACACAUACAUGUGCCCCCAACUUUGCAUAUGCGUUGCUCCUCAAGCGUUUGAAGCAGGCAAAUAGAAAUGCCGAUUGGAGUUGUGUAAAGCGAGCCAUGUUUGGUGGUGAGCCUGCUCAGAGCCAUGUUGUGGAAGCAGUAGCAAAUAUCCUUUCUAUCAAGCCUGAACAUGUCUACAACAUCUAUGGCCUUGCUGAAUCCGUAGUAUACCUCACAGGUGGACCCGGUUACUCUGAUGAGGAGGGCCUAGUCUCCUGUGGCGAGGUGGACUCACAAACUCUCAAGCUCCGGAUUGUUGAUGAUGGAAAGGAGGUGAAAGAUGGCGCCGUUGGGAGUAUCUGGGCCCAGUCACCCCGAGUUGCUGCCGGCUACUAUGGCCAGAAAGAGCUAACAGCCUCCACAUUUGGCAAUGUGCUUCCAAAUUAUGAGGGGAGCUGGCUUCACACCGGUGAUUUGGGCAAGAUUGUUGACGGACAGCUCUAUGUCACUGGAAGACUCAAGGAUGUCAUCAUUAUCAACGGCAAGAACUACUAUCCAACGGAUGUUGAGCUUUCCAUAGAUGACUCUUUUGGGGAUGCUAUCCGUCCUGGAAGAACCACAGCCUUCCAACAUGGAGAAGAUGGUGUUGGAAUCACAGCUGAGGCUCGAAAGGACUUUGACAGGGCAGCGAAUGAACAUCUUGCUGUCAAGAUAUCCAAUCAUGUUGCUCAAAUGCAUGGACUAACUGUAUGUGAGGUUCUUAUUCUCAAGGUUGGAGUGACCCCCAAGACCACAUCUGGCAAGCUGAAGAGAGCUUUGAUCCGGCAAACUACUCUUUCUGGUGACUGGAAAAGUUCUUCUGUACUCCUCCAGUAUGAACGGCAAACCAACAUGUCCCCAUUUGAGGCUUAUCUACAUGCAUCUCUUGGGGAGAGCUUUGCUGUUGCUAGUAACAGCCAGGCGUUUUUGCUUGAAGAUGAUCAGGAUGAAGAUGAAACUGCCGAUCACCCUUUUGAUGAAGCAAUCAAAUGUGAAAAACGUAAAGAAGGGAAGACUGUCAGAUUUGGAGAUGACUUUUCCAAAAGAUGGAGCACAGUAUUAUCAUCUGUCCUAGGGCCAGAUGAUGAUGCAUCCAAGACUUGGAUGGAGAAUGGGAUAACCUCUCUCAAGAGUGCCGAACUCAGAAACAAAGUAGAGGAAGAGCUGCAUGUGUCACUACCUUCCAACUUUGAGCAGCUGUACCCUACUCCAUCAGAACUUGCCAGCUUUCUGAUGGCAUCAGAGGCACAAGGCUUCCCCAAGCAUGCUGUUGGUAGCAAAGAGUACGAAUGGAAUACAUCAAGAUCCAAGAUCUCCAAACCUGUGCUUGGUGUCCUGCAAGCACUGGGGUCAGUCGCAAUUAUUCUCUUGCUGUUGAUUUCAACAGCUCCAUCCUACUUCUUGACUUCCUGGGCUAUGGAGCAGUGUGAUUCAACUGGAGAGGGAGAGUGCCGCCGCCCAAUCUUCUGGCUUGUGUUGCCUCUGGUCUUCCCUCUUUUCCUCCUAUCAUUCUCUCUUGCUGUGGUGCUCUCCAAGUCAGCCGUCAUUGGCAAGUAUCGACCCCAGCAGUUUGACCUCUUGUCAAAGGACUACUUGCGAUGGUGGUUUGUGGACAGGCAUUUGGAAAUCUGGGAGUCAUUUGUUGGGCCAUUCAUUGUGGAAACAAAGUACAUUUGGAUCUUUUACUGGCUUCUUGGGGCAGACCUGCCAUGGACUGCCAAGAUUGAGUCCUUCAUCCGUGAAUGUGAUUUGGUUAGGGUGGGAGACAGUGCCACUAUUGCACACCCCAUCAGGUGCAGGAAGUUCUCUCAGACUGACACAUGCCCCAAGAUGACCUUCAGACCAAUUAUUGUUGGCAAGAACAGCCAUGUAUCUGGCAUGGCAAGCCCAGGUUCUGUUGUUGGUGAUGGAAGCAAGGUAGAAAAACUGUCUGUUGUGGAAGAGGGUGCAGAACUACCACCUGGAAUCCUUGCCAAAGGUAUCCCAGCAUACAACUCUGGGACCUACAAGCAUGCGAAACCAUCCUGGCAGGAGGAUGUGUUUUUGGAUGCAUUCAAAAUAGCCUGGACCAUCAUUGAAGUAUACCACUUCUUCGCACUUUCCUACCUGGUUCAUUCCUUCCUCAAUGUCAUUUUGCCUUCUUGGCGUUAUGCUACCAUUCUGCAUUGGCUUGUGCUCUUCCCGGCCACAUCCUUCCUUGCCCUCAUCCCUAGCAUUGCUCUCAAGUGGUUUUUCAUUGGGAAACGAAAUCCAUCAGAUGAGUAUGAGGGUUCACUAUGGCGCAAAGCAACCAACUGGGCGUGUGACUUCCAUUUCCGUAUUGCUUCUUGGUCUCAGACUCCAUUCUUUGGCCAGACAAAGCUCUGGCAUAUCAUCCUGUUCCUCCAUGGCCUAGAUGUUGACAUGGCAUCUUGCAUCAGCAACCCAUACCGAAUCUUCUUCCCCUCCAAGGUUGACUUUGUCAAGAUUCGCAAGUCCUUUGUGGCCACUAGCACUGUUGACCUGGACCAGAAGGCAGACUCCAAGAUGGAGAUCAUCAACAGCAGCGUUGGCUACAAUUCCAACCUCCAUUCAGGAGUCAAGAUCAUCAGAUCCAAAAUUCCUCCGAGGUCUGACGUAAGGGACAACAUCACCGAGUUGAACCAAGCAGGAAAAUCAUGGCAACCCAGUCUGAUCAUGGACAUGAUCCUUCCAGAAUUCCUGCAACUGCUACUAAAUGUUGUCAUUUUUGCCAGUCUCAUCCCUGCCUAUUGA